AUGGCCGACGAGACUUACUCGGAUUUUCUCUCUCUGCUUAACGAGUCGCAGCUCAUAGCGCACAUAAAUACGCUCAGCCAAGUGUCUCAGAAAGAUGCCGUGAUCUCUCAAAACGAGCUUUUUCCGAAAACAUCGGACCCGUUCGAUGAUGGCUUGGAUUCCCAGCUUUUGAAAAUAAGCAAGGGUGUUGCGGGCAACUUUCCGGCCUCGGCGCUAAACUCGGAUUCCUCGCUUGCCUCGGAAAAUGCGGUUCCAGCAAACCAGUUGGCGCUCCUAAGACGAGAAGAUACCUUCGAACUCAAGGAAGGUGAGCAGAACCACAUCGGGCCCCAGCACCAAUUUGGCGAUUACGACACGUACUUUCAAAACAAGUACCGCAAGCAACAAGUGUCGGACCGAGACUUCAUCCGAUGGGAAAAACAGCGACGUGUGGCUAACGGCCAGUCGCCUGACAUCCCCCCUGUUUUUGCUGGCUGCAAAAUAUUCGUCAACGGGAACACCACGCCAACUUUGGCCACGAUCCACAAGUUGGUCAUUUUGCAUGGCGGCAUAUUCAUCAGCCAUCUUUUAAACAAGGGUGCUGCCACACACAUCAUAUGCGACCGCUUGACGCCCAGAAAACGGGUCCAGUAUCGAAAUUACAGGGUGGUCAGGGCUCAGUGGAUUCUGGAUUGUGUGGAGCAAGAAACAUUGCUCGACUGGAAGCCGUACCGCUUGAUUGAUGAUGUCGAACCGCUCCAAAAACGUUUGGCGUUUCUGAAAGUUGAGAGCAAUGCAACGGAUAAUAUGGAAGAUGAGCACGAUGAUGUAAUUGGGUACUCUGAAAGUACUGAUGCAUGUGGGCUGGGGAAUGAGAUCUUGGAUCCCAAGACUCUGUAUCACAAUAGUGGCAAUCCUUGGGAAUCUCUCCAAAUGCUUAGGGAGCCAAAGACCUGCGAUCCUGUAAGUCUCGAUCCACAAGUGCCCGAGUUACUCGAAAACAUUGCUUCGAAAACCCCCGUUGAACCUCCUUGCGCGUCUGAGUCAGGAGCAACUCAUGCCGUACCUGUGUCAAUCCCAACUGUGCUUGAAGACACGUGCUCUCCCAAGCCGUCAGACUUCUCCCAGAUAAAAGUGGCUAAGCAUCGACAAGCAUUUGCGCAGAUGGACGCGAGACACCCAGAUUUCCUCAAGCAUUUCUUCGCCAAUUCAAGAUUACAUCACCUCAGCACUUGGAAAGCUGACCUCAAAUCCAAGUUCCUCAGGUUGGUUUCACGCGGAUAUGAACGUCCCAAAAAAGACCCUCGGACACAGCCCGUUAUACUCCACAUCGACUUUGACUGCUUUUUUGCCACUGCUUCUACGCUAAACCACCCAAAUCUCAGCAUCAAGAGCGACCCUAUUGCGGUUUCGCAUGGCGGUAGAUCUUCAGACAUUGCCAGCUGCAAUUAUGUGGCCCGAGAGUUCGGCAUCUCCAAUGGCAUGUGGCUUGGCAGAGCGCUCGAAAUUUGUCCAAGCUUGAAGGUUGUAGAUUACGAUUUCGAGUCUUACGAGAGAUUUUCUCAUGCUUUCUACUCAUACCUUAUUUCAAAAAAGGUUUUCGACUCCAUCUUUCCUGUGCUGAUCGACGAAGUGUUAGUGGACGCAUCCUCAUACUGCCAUCAAGGCGAUAUUGUAAAAAGAGUCAAUGAAUUGUGUGUGGAAAUCAGACAGGAUAUAUUCUCCUUGACUAAAUGCCCCGUCAGUGUGGGCGCCUCGCUGAAUGUUCUCCUAGCCAAAUUGGCCCUCCGAACUGCAAAGCCUGACGGCCAUUUCUAUCUCCAUGAAAACAUACAAGAUUUUCUUGAUAAGACAGAUGUGCGCCAAUUGCCAGGAGUGGGAAGUAGUUUGGCAAGGCGUCUUUCAGAGGAACUUGGGCAUUCGGAUCUGGGAUCCAUCUUGAUAGAGGAGGUCAGAAGAUUGAGUCUUCAGCGACUAAUCAAGAUUUUUGGAGAAAAAACUGGGCUCAAGAUUUUUGAUAAUUGCCAUGGGCGAGACCAGACAAGCAUCCACCUCGACUUGGGCUCAAGUGAAGCACUUCUAGGCCGGAAAACUGUCUCUGUGGAUGUCAAUUACGGCAUUCGUUUUGACCUAUUUUCAGAGGCAGAAAUGUUCCUCAUCAGCUUGGCCAAAGAGCUUCAUUCAAGGCUCAUUGACCUCGGGGUGUGUGGAUCUUCAAUCACCCUUCGAUUGGCCAGAAGAGCGCCCGACGCACCUGUAGUAACACCAAAAUUUUUGGGCCUCGGCAAGUGUGUUUUUGUCAGCAGAUCGUCGUCUCUAGGUGUGGCAACAAAUGACUGGGGUAUCCUUGGCUCUGAAAUGAAAGCUCUUCUUCGGACAUUCAAUAUUCCCCCACAGGAUUUGCGAGGCAUAGCAGUAAGUCUCUCGAAACUAGAGGAUAUUGAAAGCGUGAAGAAACGCAGGCAACAGAAACUAGCGUUUACGCGAAAAACAGUGGCCAGCCGGCCAAUCCCUCCUGUCGUGAUGUCACAAGAUAUUCCAUUCGCUGAACGAGUUACUGGUGCUGAAUCUAUCGACUGGGAAGUCUUCAAUCACCUUCCCGAGGAAAUUAGGCGAGAGUUGAAGAAAGAGCUACUUAGGAGGGGUAUCCCAGUAUCUGGAAAAGAGCGGAGUCCUUCGAAAACAACAUCUGGAGCAGGCACAAAAGUUUAUCUCCAGCAGAUGUUCCCUACUCAGCCCCAUGGGGAUUUUAAAGUGAAGAGAGUUGUUGAAUCGCCCACGAAGAAGAAAAAAACUGAGUCGCCGAAAAAGCCGAAAGGACAUAUUCAGAAUGACUCACCUGUGCGUGCUCCAUAUGACGAGACUGUGUCUUAUGAUGAAGAGGUCUUGAAUGAAAUACCGUCAUCGAUUCGAAACGAGUUCAUGGAUGAAUUGGAAUGGCAGAAAAAGAACAAGAGGUUGAAGUUCAUAUCCAUGAAGACGAAAAUGGAGCGUAAACAGGCACUCGAAAAAAAGAUCCGUGAACAGAUUCUUGAUGUGGAAUGGCUCAAUGCGCAAAAGCGAGCAGUGAUGUUCCCAAGCUUUAAUACGAGCAUUAGCAACUUUCACGACUUGGUGAGACAAUUGAGAACCUGGGUGGGUCUGACAACUGCAGAAGAAGGCCCGCACCCUGAGGACGUAUACAUGUUUGAAAAUUAUCUCGAGGAUGUAUUCGGCCAGGGUGGGGUUUCCCGAAUCUCUAAUUUACUAAAGGAAAUGAUGAAGGAGUUAGAAGUACAAGAGAAUUUGGUGAGGCUAUGUGAUCAGGCUGAGGACCAGCAUGAAAUGAUGAAGACUGGAAUUCAAGACUGGCGAAAGCACAUGACAAGGAUCAGCAAGAAGUUUGAGCGAGCAUGUGCGAAUAUUGGAAUUUCAAUCUAA